UAAAUCAUUUUAGACACUAUGGCUCGCUCUCUCCUUCCUUUGGUCUUGGCCUCUCUCUUAGCCCUAGCUACUCUCCAUGAAACUCAAGCUAUUGAGUACAUCGUCGAGAACCGGGCUGAGAACACCCCUGGCGGAGUCCGGUUUAGAGACGAAUUAGGCGUGGACUACACCAAGCAAAGAAUGAGAGACGCCACUGAGUUCAUUUGGAACCUCUUUAAGGAAACUACAGCUGCAGAAAGAAGGGACACCCCACGCAUAAGCUUGUUUGUCGAAGUAAGAGAUGGCAUUGCGGCUUCGAGCGGUGACAUAAUUCAUGUUUCAGCCAAGUACAUGGAGGACCUAACGGCAGCAAACCUCAAAAAAGACUUCAACUGGGUAAUUUACCAUGAGGUCACACACUCAUUGCAGAGGAAUGGAAAUGGUCAAGCUCCUACCGGAUUAGUAGAAGGAAUUGCAGAGUUUGUAACCUUGACGUCUGGCUUUAUAUACGACGGGUUUGCUCAACCUGGUGAUGGUAACAAUUGGGACGAGGGUUACGGCGUAACUGCUCGGUUUCUGGAGUAUUGCAAUGGCCUUAAAGACGGGUUUGUGGCAGAACUUAAUAAGAAGAUGAUAGAUGGUUACAGUGACGAUUUCUUUAACCAGUUGCUGGGGAAGACAGUCGAUCAGCUGUGGACUGACUACAAAGCCAAAUAUGCAAAUUAAGAAUGUCUCAUAUUAUAUACUUCCAAUAUUUAAGUUGAUGCAAAGCCAAUUAAGUUGAUACGUAUAUGAAUAAGACUGUUGUUAGUCCUUGAUUUAUUAUAUAUCAUCGUCCCCAAAUUAAAGCAAGUGACUAAUAUAUGGAAAGGGUCUCUACAUUAGCUACUUCGUUGUCAUUUUAGUUACUUUUAAUAAUCAACAAGAUGUAUUA